AUGAUAUAUUCAUCACCAACAUUGUUAUCAUUACUAAUAUUGUUGUUGACAUUAUCCAGUUUCCAGGCAACACCAGUUUUGAAAUCAACUGAUGAAUCAGCAUUGGAAUGGUUCAUAUGGCAGUAUCAAUUGGAUUGGAUAAUACCUGAACAAACAACAAAUGUUCAAUGUUCAUCAUUCCAACCUGAUACAUCAUUGUUGAAGUGCUCAGAUGAUGGAACCGACCAAUUCAUCACUUCACUUAAUAUUCAAUCAUCUAGUAUUGUCAAUCAUGAUAAUAUUACAGAACCAGUUUGGGAUCGGACUUUAACCAACUUGACCAGUUUCAAAUUGAAUGUAGAGAAUCCCCUGAUGAACAAAACCGAAUCAAUAUUCACAAUACUCGAUGGUCCAUCCUACAAGAAUGUUCUCAAGGAUUUAAUUGUCAUUGGACAUACCAUGAACUUUACAUUCCCCAACUCUUUCUCCAAGAUUGAAGGACUUGAGAACUUGGAACUUGAGGAUUUAACAAUUGUUGGCGAUGGUUUACCAGCCACUAUAUUUGCACCAUCACUAAAGAGUGUUCAAAUCAGUGGACUCCAGUUUGUUCUGCCUCCAUACUAUGAAGGAAAUCCACUUUAUUUCCCAUUCGAUGGUGAUCUAUUCACUCAGUUGACAUUUUUUGAUAUUGAGUUUCCUUCCAUUUCAAUGAUUUAUUCAAUCUCAUUGAACCAACUACCUGCUGUCAAAGACUUCCGAAUGAAGGGAAGAUUCUCGGAGGGAUUCAAUAUUUCCAGUGUUACCUUGGAGGAAUUAACACUCAUCUCACUCAACACUGAAGCAAUUACCAAUGAGAUUGGAAUUUAUACAAUGCCAUCUUUAACCAAGUUAACAUUUACAAAGUUCAAAUUAAGUGUUCCAUUCGAUCUUGGAGUAGGAUUCCCAGAGUUGAGAGAAGUAUAUUUUGAUCGAACCAUUGGGAGAAUUGCCAAUGCAACCAACUUGAAUGUCCUAUCUGUAACCAAUAGUGAUAUGAGUGUGUUCCCACCACAGGAUUGGUUCCAGAGUAAUUGUACCCUUCAUCUAUCCAAUAAUCAACUGGCAGGUGUUAUACAAGAUUAUACCACUCUAGUACCAUUCAAUAUGUUUAUCGAUGGAAACAUCAAUGUCAAUGGAGCAGUACCAGAUUGCCUGUGUGGAUUGCUAAGCUUCAACUUUAGUGGUACAUCAUUGACAACUUUCCCCGAUUGUUACAAUUGCUACGCCGACAAUUUCAAAGACCGACUACCAUCAACCAUGCAGAUACCAACAGAUUUUUCAUGCAGUGUCACCAUUGAGAAGUCAUCAUUUUAUUCUGCUACUCCAGUCGACUCAAUCACAAUCAGAGGUACCAAUCUUGGUUUUGGUGACGAGACCUUGGCUCCUCUACAAAUGGUGAUUCCAAACUCAGUAUUUGUUUUACCAAUCAACAAGUCAUUGAAUGGACAGAUGAACGUUACAUUCUCAUCAAAGUUCUCAACUAUUAUUAAGUGGACCAAUGAUAUAACUGAUGUGAUUGAUGCAAUGGCAUUGUACGCUCAGAAGAAUCUAUCAUUGUCUGUUUAUGGUACUUUUGGAACUGACUAUGUCUACACUGCGGGUGUCAAUGAAUAUCCAUGUGAUGGAGUAUCAGUAUCACCUCAGAUGUUGGUAUGUCAGAUACCCACAUUCCUUCCAACCAAGAGUCCAUCCUACACCGUAUGGAUCCAGACACCCUACCAAAGGAUUGAGAUUGUCAAAACCAUGAACAACAUGAACUACAUUAUUGUAACAUCAUGUUCAUCAAUAUCAACAAAUGGAGGAUAUAUCGAGUUUUAUGGAUCAUUUGGUGAUGGUGCCGAUCCCUCAAACCCGAAUAGACAGACAGCAGCAAGUAUGAGGAAGUUGAUGAGUGUCAACAAUGAGUUCCCAGUACCAGUAAUCAUUGUGAAUGAUGUACCAUGUACCAAUCAAACUAUCAACAGUACAGUAGUAACAUGUCAUGUCGAAGGAGGACUACGCAAGGGUGUUGCCAGUCUCAAGUUAACAAUUGGAGAGUUCACCUUUGAUUCAAAGUCAUUGGUAGUUGUUGAAUCAAAUGCUAAUGAUGAUUGUGGAGAUGAUUGUAAUAAGAAUGGAUUGUGUAUCAAUGGCAAAUGUCAAUGUGAUGAAGGUUAUGGUGGAUACUAUUGUGAGUCCAAAUGGGAUACAAGUAUGGUUAUGGUUCAGAAUGCCAAACAACCUGCGACAGAGAUGAAGUCAACGACAUCAUCAUUGGAGUUCAAUAUUAUUGCCAUCCAAGAACUUAACCCAUCUGGAUCACUUGUCAAAGAGUUGCUACUCAAGGAUUGGACAUCUACCUCCUCGACCAACGCAACCCUCAGCUCAUACAUCUACACACUCAACAUCAACCAGCCACAAGUAUCCAUCACAUUUGAACUCUCAUCACAAACCAGGACUGUGGAGUUUGCUGGCGUCACCAAGACCUACGGACCCAACUCACUCAAGGUGUCAAUGUCGAUCAACAACUGGGUGUUCAAGACCAAUCUCAACAAUCUUCGUGUGUUGAUGCGUACCAAUGCAACAUCGUCGGUCAGUGAUUCGUGUGGCAGUGACUUCUUUGCCGGAAAGGAUGAGAACGACAAUGUGGACUACAUCAAGAUCACCAAGGAUGGCACUGCAUACUAUGGUCAGUUCAUAUCGUUUGCCAUAUCUGAUGGCCGUCCUGCCUUCUCCAAGACCGAGGUGGUCAACAGCUCGUCAGAGACAGGUAUGGCAUUCCUGGGCAUCUACCUACCACAAUGUACCAACUGCACAUUGGAUCCAAGCUUCUCUGCUUUGCUGGAUGUCCAAUCACAGCCUGGCAACUGCCAGACCAAGUCCAGCAUAUACUGGAAGAUUCCAGUCAUCGUUGUAUGUGUGAUCGUUGGUGUGAUUGGUAUUGUGGCAGGCACAGUACUCAUUGUCCGCAAGAAAUUGAAUGGACGUAGAGUUGGUGAUGUCGUCAAGAUGAAGUUCCUAACAAGGAACAACUCAAGGUAUUAUGUUCGCUGA